UAUGUUUUUCAUCAGUGUCUUUUGUCCUCAGCUGAGAAGUCAGAAGUACCAGUGUGAGAGUCCACCCAUUUUCCGGGACAUUUCUGAUUUCUUCUCAGUUACUAGAAAACUUUGACCAGAAGGAAUAGAGGAAAGGAGGAAGAAAGCUUGGAGAAUAGAGGAAGAAGAGAAACAUCCACCUCACAUGUUUUGAUAAGUACACAGGCUGAGCUUUUACAAAAUAAACAGAAAUACAUUGUCUGACAUCCUCAUCCCUCCAAGCAGACACAGAAGGCAUGGUCAACCAGAGCACCCCAGUGGGCUUCCUCCUGCUGGGCUUCUCUGAACACCCACACCUGGAAAAGAUUCUCUUCGUGGUUGUCUUGUGUUCCUACCUCCUCACCGUCCUAGGAAACACACUCAUCCUCCUGCUGUCCACACUGGACCCCAGGCUCCACUCUCCCAUGUACUUCUUCCUCUCUAACCUCUCCUUCCUGGACCUCUGCUUCACCACAACCUGUGUCCCCCAGAUGCUGGUCAACCUCUGGGGUCCCACAAAGACCAUCAGCUUCCUGGGAUGCUCUGUCCAGCUCUUCAUCUUCAUGUCCCUGGGGUCAACAGAGUGCAUCCUGCUGACAGUGAUGGCCUUUGACCGCUAUGUGGCUGUCUGCCAGCCCCUGCACUAUGCCACCAUCAUCCACCCUCGCCUAUGCAGGCAGUUGGCAGCUGUAUCCUGGGCUAUAGGUUUGGUCCAAUCCAUAGUCCAGACACCUCCCACCCUCCGCCUGCCCUUCUGUCCCCAUAGACAGAUAGAUGACUUUUUGUGUGAAGUCCCAUCUCUAAUUCGAUUAUCCUGUGGGGACACCACCUAUAAUGAGAUCCAGAUGGCUGUUGCUAGUAUUUUCAUUGUGGUUGUGCCACUGAGCCUCAUCCUUGUCUCUUAUGGUGCCAUUGCCAGGGCAGUGCUGAGGAUAAGCUCUGCCAAGGGGCGCAGGAAAGCUUUUGGGACCUGCUCCUCCCACCUCAUUGUGGUCACCCUCUUCUACAGCUCAGUCAUUGCUGUCUAUCUGCAGCCCAAAAACCCCUAUGCCCAAGAGAGGGGCAAGUUCUUAGGUCUCUUCUAUGCAGUGGGCACUCCAGCACUCAACCCUCUUGUAUACACCCUGAGGAACAAGGAGGUAAAGAGGGCCUUCAGGAGGCUGUUGAGAAAGGAUGGGGACUCUGAGGAGAGCUGAGGGAGAAAUAAUUAGUGCACUUUCCAAAGUAAAGUGAAUUUAAGCCUUUGUGAAAAAAUUGAACUCCCAAGUCUACUUACUCUUUUAUACCUAUCUAAGCUAUAACAGUAGACCUAGUGAGUAAUAAGUUACAGUUAUAUAGGUUAUAUAGGCAGAAGAGAAGAAAGAAGAGUGCUAGAAGUUUCUUCAAAAUGAAGCAUUCUUGUCUGGACUGAUCAAGGAGGUUCAUCAGGCUCAAGAAACUUAGAAGAGAAAAAUCUUACAAAAUUCAGGAAGCUCAUGAUUUCUCUUUGAGAUGACAUAACCAGUACACAACUGGAAGAGAGAAACCUCUCCAGAGAUCUAGCUGCAAGCAAGUUAUACACCAGGCCCCAGUAAGACACUUAUAUGUGUCCUCAUCUAAGCUUACUUGAGGCUUUUCAGUGAUACAGCUGUGGCCGUAACACAUCACUCAUUCUUUUGUAAGUCACUGCGAUAAACUCAUUAGUUGACCAAGCUGGAAUGGAAUGAUUUACUUAUUAUUUUUUGUAAUUUAAUUCCAACUUGAAUGGAAUAAUUUAUGUGGCCUAUAUUUGGUGUCCUAUCUAGGAAGAGUUCACAUUUAUUGUCUUUUGUCUAUGGAAGAGGGAGAGGGAGACAGAAAGGGAGAUGAAGACAGAGACAGAGAGACAGAAGAAGUAUCUUUAAUUCAUAUUUUAAAAUGGUUAAUAUUUAUGUUUUUUCCACUCAGUUUUUAAAUGGCUUCAUUUGUUUAUAAAUUCUCAAUGCCUGUGUCCAUUUUUCCUAGAUGUCUGUACCAUUACUCUAUACUUCAUUAUAGGAUUGGGGAUGUUGUUGUUUGUUUUUAGUUUUGUUUUGUUUUGUUUUGUUUCAAGACAGGGUCUCACUAUGUAGCUUUGGCUAUCCUGUAACUCACUUUGUAGACCAAGCUGGCCUUGAAUUCACAGAGAUCCACCUGCCUCUGCCUCCCAUGUGCUGGAGUUAAAGGCGUGUGCCACUUCAACACAAAGACAUAACCCACAGGAUUUGGAGUUUCCACCAUUGUAUAACUAGAAAGAAGCCAGAGAUACCCCCCCCUUCCGUCUGUUCCUACAUGGGAUUCUUUCCAAAGUCAAGCCAGGGACAGAGUUAUUCAGGAGAACCAAAUGACCUCACUGGUGACCUUGGAAAAAGUUCUUCUUGAAACUGACAUCCAUGCCUCCUGAUUAAGAAUCAUAGGGAUACUCUUGUUCUGGGUCAUAACU